GGCCUCCUGGGUAGGAAGCUGGAGAUCCUGGGCUAGGGGCGGGGGGCGAGACUGUCCCGCCUCCUGGCGCCGGAGGCCAACGAGGCUCCGGCGCUGCGCCACUCCGGCUCGGUCGGCUCCGGGCGCCGGCGGACAGAGGGGGCUACCUCCUGCCGCCGAGUUGUGCGGGCGAGCGCCCUCGCGCCCUUGCGCCGGGCUUCAACUUGCGGGCCGGGAGCUGGGCGCCCCGGGUCGGAAGCAAGGCGGGCUGCACGGAGCUCCCUUCGAUCGGCGCCGCGGCUUCAGAGUAAACUUUGCGCCCUAGCGGAGUUGGAAAGAGAGAGCCGCGGCGCCGGGCGGCAGCAGGCGGAGCCCGGAGUUCAGCUCUCGCUCCGGGGUCUGGGCGGUCAUCCUCCCCGGCCCUGGGGUCCGACUCACGCGCACCCUCCUUUCUACCCUCUGCCCCCAGCUUGAGAGGUCGGACAUGCUGAAGCCGGGAGACCCCGGCGGCUCGGCCUUUCUCAAAGUGGACCCAGCCUAUCUGCAGCACUGGCAGCAACUCUUCCCGCACGGCGGCAGCGGCGGCCCGCUCAAGGGCGGCGGCGCCGCGGGUCCCUUGGGCGCGCCGCAGCCUCUCCAGCCGCCGCCGCCGCCUCCGGAGCGCGCAGAGCCUCCGCCGGACAGCUUGCGCCCGCGGCCCGCCUCGCUCUCCUCUGCCUCCUCCACUCCGGCGUCCUCCUCCACUUCGGCCUCCUCUGCCUCCUCUUGCGCCGCCGCGGCGGCCGCCGCCGCCGCGCUGGCUGGUCUCUCGGCCCUGCCCGUGGCGCAGCUGCCGGUGUUCGCGCCUCUGGCCGCCGCCGCCGUCGCCGCGGAGCCGCUACCCCCCAAGGACCUGUGCCUCGGCGCUGCCUCGGGCCCGGGCCCUUCCAAGUGCGGCGGCAGCGGCGGGGACCUGCGGAGCGGCCCGCGCUUCCGUUGCAGCGCGGAGGAGCUGGACUAUUACCUGUACGGCCAGCAGCGCAUGGAGAUCAUCCCGCUCAACCAGCACACCAGCGACCCCAACAACCGUUGCGACAUGUGUGCGGACAACCGCAACGGCGAGUGUCCCAUGCACGGGCCGCUGCACUCGCUGCGCCGGCUCGUGGGCACCAGCAGUGCCGCGGCCGCCGCGCCCCCGCCGGAGCUGCCCGAGUGGCUCCGGGACCUGCCACGGGAGGUGUGCCUGUGCACCAGCACCGUGCCCGGCCUGGCCUACGGCAUCUGCGCGGCGCAGAGGAUCCAGCAGGGCACCUGGAUCGGGCCCUUCCAGGGCGUCCUUCUGCCCCCCGAGAAGGUGCAGGCGGGCGCAGUGAGGAACACACAGCAUCUCUGGGAGAUAUAUGACCAAGAUGGGACACUACAGCACUUUAUUGAUGGUGGGGAGCCGAGUAAGUCGAGCUGGAUGAGGUAUAUCCGAUGUGCAAGGCACUGCGGAGAGCAGAAUCUAACAGUAGUUCAGUACAGGUCGAAUAUAUUCUACCGAGCCUGUAUAGAUAUCCCCAGGGGCACCGAGCUUCUGGUGUGGUACAAUGACAGCUAUACGUCUUUCUUUGGGAUCCCCUUACAAUGCAUUGCGCAGGAUGAAAACUUAAACGUGCCCUCGACGGUCAUGGAGGCCAUGUGCAGACAGGACGUCCUGCAGCCGUUCAGCAAGAGCGGCAAGCUGCCCCCCGCCACCCAGCAGCGCUCCGUGGUCUUCCCGCAGACUCCCUGCACCAGGAACUUCUCUCUCCUGGACAAGUCCGGGCCCAUGGAAUCAGGAUUUAACCAGAUCAACGUGAAAAACCAGCGAGUGCUCGCAAGCCCAACUUCCACCAGCCAGCUCCACUCGGAGUUCAGCGACUGGCAUCUCUGGAAAUGCGGCCAGUGCUUUAAGACUUUCACGCAGCGGAUCCUCCUACAGAUGCACGUGUGCACACAGAACCCCGACAGACCUUAUCAGUGCGGUCACUGCUCCCAGUCCUUUUCACAACCGUCCGAGCUGAGGAACCACGUGGUCACCCACUCCAGUGACCGGCCUUUCAAGUGUGGCUACUGUGGUCGUGCCUUCGCCGGGGCGACCACCCUUAACAACCACAUCCGAACUCACACUGGAGAAAAGCCCUUCAAGUGCGAGAGGUGUGAAAGGAGCUUCACGCAGGCCACGCAGCUGAGCCGGCACCAGCGGAUGCCCAAUGAGUGCAAGCCAAUAACCGAGAGCCCAGAAUCAAUUGAAGUGGAUUAACUGAUUGACUGGUUGGAAUUAAACUGCAAGGGAAGUCAUGAUUAAAUGUCAUGGACACUUAAGCAAAACCAAAGAUUUCCUCUGAGCAACUUUCAAUCAGUCCCAGAAAACCAAAAGCAGUAAUAAAAUAAGUAAGAUGUUAAGAGAUAUUGAUCCUGGCGUGGAAGUCCGACCAGGACAGAGAUUAUUUAUUUAUGACUAAGGAUGAGACUCGUUUCAGUGGAUGACUGACCUGGGACGACUCCCGUGUCCGGUCCCACCGUGUAUUUGCUUUGUUUCUAAAAAGCUUUUUUAAACUGUUAUUUAAUACCAAAGGGAGGAAUCCUGUGGGUUCUUCUGCCCACACUUGUGACUGGGAAUGCACAGGGACUUCUUUCUCAUUGCACCUUUUUUUAGUAGCAUGAUUCAAGGGGACCCAUUGUACGGCAGCUCCCCCCACCACCCCCCCUUCCUGCCUCUUGGGUUCAAGGUGGGGAGGGGGCCGAUGUGGCUGUCCCGCCGGGACCGUGGAACCAGACGCCAGAGCCUCCACUAGGUCAAUGCCACCGUGGGCCCCGAGGCUGGUGCGUUUCUGUGUUUUCCUACGCACUUUUUACGCCACUCCUUCCCUCCGCCGGCCUGGCCUUGAUGCAGAUGAGCCUGGAAGAGGCAGAAGAUGGUUCGGUUUCAGAAUUCAAGAAGUGGGGACCUGCCUUUGGCCUGUCAGGAUCUCAAAAACAUUGAAAAUGUACAGAGCUUCAUAAUACAGUAUAUUGUUCCGAAGCAGCUAGUCGAGAAGAGUUUGUUUUCAGUACCGUUUUAGCUUAAAAAAACAAAACACAAAAAAUAAAGUUCUUCGGUCUGAAGCUGAAAUAGAAGGUAUGAGGCUUCAAGGAAUUUUUUCGUUGUGUCUAUGAAGGUGUUGAAUGUGUGAGCAGGACGGGUGCCCAGCCCCAUUGCCAGCGCCCUGUGGAGGCCAUUUCCUCUUCCUUCCUCCCGUAGGUGAAGCCUGGGAGACCCCUUUCCUCCCUCUGCAGUGUCAGGGGAAUGUUCCUGCAAAAAUAAGGGACAGGAGCCCAGUCCAGGAAACAGUGAGAGGAGCCAUCCCGGAGAGGGUUGUGAUGAGAACAGACCGCGUGGGAACGGCUCCUUUUAUCCAUUGGAAUUACCUUGUCCUCUCCUCUGGCCCUUGACAAGGCUCUUCCUUCAUCAUUAAUCUGUUGAAAGAGAAGGGAUGGUGUCCAUAAUUUCACUGUUUGGUUGAGUGCAAGGAAAGCGAGUGAACCUCAGCUGGUCUUUGGGCAGCCUGGAGGUCGUGCCUAGUCCCUCCAGGGCACAUCCCACAGAAUGAUCGGUUACCAAGAACCGGCCGCUUCUGCCAGCAUCACGGCAGGGACUGCAUGCACCUUGUAGAUGCCCUGAUCACCCGACAGUGGGACACAGUCUUUUAAGAAACUCCCUUAUCUUUUAGACCUCCCAGGGUCUUCCCGUAACAAAUACAUGAGACCCCGAACUCGCUCCUGGAAGGCAAGGGUACUUUGUGGUUCACUCUACUUGGUCUUCAUGGAUUUGGCUCUCAGAACAUCUUCCUUCCCUUCUAAGUUUGCUUCUCUAUCCCUUAGCACCCAAGUGUCCCAUUGAAAGUGGAGGAACACAGGGCCUCAUUAAUUACAUUUGUAACUUAUUUAUAUAUAUGUUGUCAAAAAACAAAA